CCCAGGGGACAUAAGGCCUCAGCUCCAAGCACUGUCAACUUCUCUCCUCGCACGUGUCCUCUCCUCCACCAUGACCUGUGGCUUUCAAACUGGAAACUUCGGCUGCGCCUCAGCCUGUGGGCCCCGUCCCGGCCGCUGCUGCAUCACUGCAGCUCCCUACAGGGGCAUCUCCUGCUACCGCGGACUCUCAGGGGGCUUCGGCAGCCGCAGCGUCUGUGGGGCCUUCCGCUCUGGCUCCUGUGGACGCAGCUUCGGAUACCGAUCCGGAGGCGUCUGCGGACCCAGCCCCCCCUGCAUCACCACCGUCUCUGUCAACGAGAGCCUGCUCACCCCCCUCAACCUGGAGAUCGACCCCAAUGCUCAGUGCGUGAAGCAUGAGGAGAAGGAGCAGAUCAAGUGCCUGAACAGCAGGUUCGCGGCCUUCAUCGACAAGGUGCGCUUCCUGGAGCAGCAGAACAAGCUGCUGGAGACCAAGUGGCAGUUCUUCCAGAACCGCAAGUGCUGUGAGAGCAAUGUGGAGCCUCUGUUCGAGGGCUACAUCGAGACUCUGAGGCGGGAGGCUGAGUGUGUGGAGGCCGACAGCGGGAGGCUGGCUGCUGAGCUCAACCAUGCACAGGAGGCCAUGGAGGGCUACAAGAAGAGGUAUGAAGAAGAAGUUGCACUCCGGGCCACAGCAGAGAAUGAGUUUGUGGCUCUAAAGAAGGAUGUGGACUGUGCCUACCUGCGCAAGUCAGACCUGGAGGCCAAUGCAGAGGCACUGACCCAGGAGAUCGACUUCCUGAGGCGACUGUAUGAGGAGGAGACCCGCAUCCUCCACGCCCACAUCUCAGACACCUCCGUCAUCGUCAAGAUGGACAACAGCCGGGACCUGAACAUGGAUUGCGUCAUUGCUGAGAUCAAGGCUCAGUACGAUGACAUUGCCAGCCGCAGCCGCGCAGAGGCCGAGUCCUGGUACCGCACCAAGUGUGAGGAAAUAAAGGCCACAGUGAUCCGGCAUGGAGAGACCCUGCGUCGCACCAGAGAGGAGAUCAAUGAGCUGAACAGAAUCAUCCAGAGGCUGACAGCCGAGAUCGAGAAUGCCAAGUGCCAGAACACCAAGCUGGAGGCUGCUGUGACCCAGUCUGAGCAGCAGGGAGAGGCUGCCCUCACCGAUGCCCGCUGCAAGCUGGCUGAGCUGGAGGCUGCCCUGCAGAAGGCCAAGCAAGACAUGGCCUGCCUGCUCAAGGAGUACCAGGAGGUGAUGAACUCCAAGCUGGGUCUGGACAUCGAGAUCGCCACCUACAGGCGCCUGCUGGAGGGCGAGGAACAGAGGCUGUGUGAAGGCGUGGGAGCCGUGAAUGUGUGUGUCAGCAGCUCCCGUGGUGGAGUUGUGUGCGGGGACCUCUGUGUGUCUGGUUCAAGGCCUGUGACAGGCAGUGUCUGCAGUGCCCCAUGCAGCGGGAAUGUGGCAGUGAGCACAGGCCUGUGUGCACCCUGUGGAAGUGGCCCCUGUCACCAGGGGAGGUGUUAGGAGUCAAGAGGGAGCCAUGAAGCAGCCUGGCCUACAAGGCUGACCUCGGAGGCCUCAAGGUCUGUUGCCCAUCCUCAGUAGCUGCCCCUCCAGCUACCUGCUGGCAAGGGGCUUGCUGCUGAUAGAUCAGCCUCCUGCCUCAGCUGCAGCCCUGGGAAUACCCAGUGCUGCUUCCUGCACCUCUGGCCUCUAGACCCUGCUGUGCAAUAAACUGUGCUGACUCUCA